AUGAAUUUGCCGGUGUUGAUGUCCAAGAAGAAAACCAGGUGGCUGCGAGCUGAAGAGGCUCUUGGCAGUGCCCAGACCCAAAUCUUCCCACCCACCGGGCCGGUGCCCGGUGAUGUGCGACAGGGGAUGCUGGGGGAUUGCUACUUCCUUGCGGCUUUGAACCCGCGCGGGCGCAACCGGCGCGUCACACGCUGCGGCAUCGUGGAACGCACCGUCGAUGCCGACCAAGCGGAAGUCAGUGGAAGCGAACAGGAAGGUGUGGAAGUCGUCGAGCCUGGCAGCACCGGCAUUGAUGUGAAGCCCUUGCACCACGGAAGCGUGAGUGCUCCUUUGGUGGGUGCUCCUCACUUGGAUGUGGAAGUUGAAGUGCAGCUGCCAGAGCACCGAAUUCACGCACUGAAGACGUUGGUUGGAUUCCUGGCAGGGGGUGCUUAUGGAUUGACUUCGGUGGCUGUGGGACAGCCUUUGGACACGGUGAAGACGCGCAUGCAGGCGCGCCCUGACUCCGUUUCGUCGAGCGCCUGGCGCGUGGCGUGGGAUUUGCUGCGCAGCCAAGGGCCUCAAGGCCUGUACCGAGGCGGGAUUCCUGUGGUCCUCGGCGGCACCAUGUUCCGCUCCGCACAGUUCGGUUUCUACGAAGCGGCGCUGGGGAGGUUGCGAAGAAAUACGCCGACCUACAAGUUCUUUGGGCUUUUCGAUUGGCAAGUGGUGGUUGCUGGAAUGACUGGAGGUGUUGCACGUGGUGUCAUCGAAGCCCCCUUUGAUCAAGUGAAAGUAUGCAGGCAGGUGGAACACGAAUGGAGUAUGAGGACUCUGUUCAACGGCUCUGGGGUGACCAUCCUCCGCAACACUGCACUCUUUUGCUCCUUUUCAGUCUACCGCGACCUGUUGCCGCAGUUCGUGUCCAGCGACAUUUCGCCCUUCUGGACAGGAGCCUUGUGUUCGAACCUGGCCUGGCUCACGAUUUGGCCCCUGGAUGUGAUCAAGAGUCAGAGGCAGAGUGGCAACUACGAGUCCAGGAGUAGCGCCUCGCUCCUUUUGGAGGCUUACCGGACCCAUCGCCUCUUCCGCGGCCUUUUGCCUGGAUUGGCGCGCUCAACUGUCGCCAACGGCUGCGCGAUGGUGGCCUACAAGAAGAUCGAGGAGAUGGCUGAUGUGGCCUUGCCCAAAUGGCGAUAA